UGCAGACUUGCGACCAUCCCAUCCCCAUCUCCCAUCUCCCAUCCGUUCGACACUCCCGGCUCCCAUCUGCUAUCUUCUGCAUAUUCUCGCCUCUUCAUUGAAAAUUAGAGGAAGUUUAGAAGUUCCGAGAAGGGAAAGAAGGCAACGGAAUCUAGAUUUGGAAGCCACUGGUGAAGAAGAAGAAGAAGAGUUGCUGGAAAGCGAAAGCUUCUCUAACGACAGACGCUGGAAUUGCUUUAGAGUAAUUGCUCUCGUCAUUUUUAUGGAGAAAUCUAAGGAUUCAGCUUGCGGCCCUAUAGAUCGAUCACUGCUGUUCAUGCAGGAGGAUCAUAUUAGCACCUCCAUCUGGGAGGGCGAUGAUAGGCUCAGGUUUGAUGUCAGACAGUAUACCACAUGUAUGGAUAAGUGGGUUUUGGAUGAUGAGCAGAGGCAUCUUCUUGAUUCUUGGGGUUUUGGGGUGUUUGCUCACCCUCAGGUUGUUCGACAGAACGACAUUGCUAGAGAAUGGAGGCCGGAGACAAACACCUUUCACUUCCCAUUUGGUGAGAUAACCAUCACACUAGAGGAUGUCUACAUGCUUAUGGGUCUGCCGAUCAGCGGUCGUGCUCUUACUUUCAUGGAUCUUGCUACUCCGCAGCAGUAUUGGCUUACUCAGUGGGAAGAUUUAAGGUUGGAGAAGGGGCCUGUCCGAAAGAAGAAGUCUGACAAGAAGAAGAAGAAGAAGAAGUCUAAAUGGAAGGAGAAGUCUGAACGGGAGAAGAUGUGGUCAUAAAAAGUUUGUAUUCAUUGCGGGAAACAUAUAAGAAGAAGCCAAAGUCAAAGCGUCCUAAAUAUUUAGAGCAGGAUACCAGGGUGUAUACCCGAGCCUAUGUGUUCCAGAUCAUAGGGGCUAUUCUUUUUCCUACAUCAUCCAGAGCUACUGUCCAUCCCCGAUACAU